UGUUAAUAGGUAGACCGAUUAGCCAACGGCUAUAUUUGGGGAAUCUUCAGAAAACUAGCCGUUGGAAACAAAUGAAAAAUUCGCUUACCGAAACCCUCCCUCCUCAUUCUACGUGUAUAUAAGCGACCAUAAACCCUCCCAAAUUUCCCAAGUAAUACGCUCCCCGCAAUCGCCAACUCUCUCCAUCGAGGAAGAAGAAAAGGGCUCUCUUUCUCCUUCCUCCCAAUUCGCUCCGUGGAAAUCGCAUCACAAAUCGCCCACUCCUCCUUUUCUGUUCCUUUUGUUUUCUUUCUUUAUCUUGCUAUCUUACUCUUUGCGUGCAGGGAUCUAUAUCUGUUAACAAUUUGUUUGUUUUAGUUUUUGUUCUUUUUUCUUCUUUUUUUUUCUUCUUUUGUGUGUCUGUGUGUGUGUGUUUGUUUGUUGUAAUCAUGGAUGCAGCUUCUUCCAUCUCGUCGGAGAAGUCGCGGAUCGCGUCCCGUCGCCCUCUUCAAGAUGUCGGCUCGAGGCCCUACAUACCUUCUCUGCUCACCUCCUCCAGGAACCCUUCUUCUUCCCGGCAAUACGGCGACAGGUUCAUCCCGGACCGCUCCUCUAUGGAUUUUGACAUGGCAUACUACUUACUAACUGAACCAAGAAAAGAGAAAGAGAACAUGGCAGUGGCCUCCCCCUCGAAAGAGGCAUAUAGAAAGCUUCUUGCCGAUACCCUUCUGAGUAACAGAUCCAGAAUACUCUCUUUCAAGAGCAAGCCUCCUGCUCCAUCCGAAGGCAUCUGUAAUGAAUUCAGCUCCAAUGUCACUUCUGCUGCUCAAACGAAGCCAGCGAGGCAGCGGAGGUACAUUCCCCAGUCAGCUGAGAGGACAUUAGAUGCUCCUGACCUCGUGGAUGACUAUUAUUUGAAUCUGCUUGACUGGGGAAGCAGCAAUGUUUUGUCGAUUGCGCUUGGCAAUACGGUCUAUUUGUGGGAUGCUUCGAGUGGGUCUACUUCUGAGCUUGUGACUGUGGAUGAUGAUAGCGGCCCAGUUACCAGUGUUAGCUGGGCUCCCGAUGGACGGCACAUUGCCGUCGGGCUGAACUCUUCAGACAUCCAGUUAUGGGACUCGAGCUCCAAUCAUCUGCUGAGAACUUUGAGAGGAGUUCACCAAUCUCGAGUCGGGUCCCUCGCUUGGAACAACAACAUCCUCACUACUGGCGGAAUGGAUGGUGCGAUCGUAAACAAUGAUGUCAGAAUAAGGUCACAUAUCGUUCAAACCUAUAGAGGGCACCAUCAAGAGGUCUGUGGCCUAAAGUGGCAAGGCUCCGGCCACCAACUGGCUAGUGGAGGCAACGACAACCUCCUCCACAUAUGGGACCUCUCGAUGGGCUCUUCUUCUAAUUUGGCCCACAACCAAAAUCAAUGGCUUCACAGAUUCGAAGACCACAUGGCAGCUGUUAAGGCCCUAGCGUGGUGCCCAUUCCAAAGCAAUUUAUUGGCCUCUGGAGGAGGCGGGGGUGACCGAUGUAUUAAGUUUUGGAAUACCCACACGGGCGCUUGCCUUAAUUCAGUUGAUACUGGGUCUCAAGUUUGCUCUCUUUUGUGGAAUAAGAAUGAGCGUGAAUUAUUGAGUUCUCAUGGGUUUACGCAAAACCAGCUGACGCUUUGGAAGUACCCGUCGAUGGUGAAGAUUUCAGAGCUCACUGGCCAUACUUCUCGAGUUCUGUUCAUGGCUCAGAGUCCUGACGGUUGCACAGUUGCAUCGGCUGCGGGGGAUGAAACUCUGAGGUUUUGGAAUGUGUUUGGGAAUCCUGAAACACCGAAACCCGCAGCCAAGUCAGCUAGUUUAGGGCCCUUUGCCAGUUUUAACCACAUUAGGUGAGGAGAAGGGGCAGAGAACAAUAUUUGGAGGUAUAUAUGAGUAUUGAGUAGUAACUUGGAGGAACAAUAUUGUGGUUACUGGUGAUGGGCUGAGAUGGGACAAAGGUUUCUAAUUUACUGAGGUCAUCUUCUGCUUGUUACAUAAUCAAUUUUUUUAGAUUGCAUGUGUCAGCAUGGUAAUCUGAGGAAAUCCUAAAAUUCCAUACUCCACAAGAUUGAACAGCAUAUGGUUUUCAAUUUCAAGGGCAGGUUGUAGAAGAAUGUUACAGUGGCUUCAAAAAUGCUGGCUUGAUAACAAUGUCGGCGUCUGAUGGAAUUAGCUUCGAUGACGAGCUCUCAUCAACUGCAAAAGAAUCUUCAUUUUGUACAGUGAAUCAUUUCCUUUAUUAGAUUUCUUUUAUGAACCAAAAGUAGGUUCAUACUUCUGUUGCAAAUUAGUUGGUAGUGAAAAGUUUGAAAUUAUCCUCCCUGUGGAUGUAGGCAAUUGGCCGAACCACAUAAAUUUCUCGUGUCUGGUCAUGCUUUUUUCUUUCU